AUGGCCUCUUCUCCUCCGCCACCAGAACCUGCUGCGGAGGAGAAAUCAGAUCCAACGUCUAAACCGACACUUCAACUUUCAUCUUUACCGCCCAUAUUCGUCUCGGAAUCACAUUUGGACACUUGCGAGCUACAUGAAUUGGAAGAUGAUGUCGUCGAAGCUGGAGGCUUACUGUCUUAUGAUCUGAAAGAAGCACAAAUUGUCCUAACCAAAGCUGAGCGGAAGAGGCGCAUCCAGCUGGACUUGCGAUCCAAAGGAUGUCACACUGAAGAAGUCGAGAUAGUUAAGGAUUCCAAUUCGCAGAACCAUGUGUCGGACGCGUCCGAUGCUAAGAAGCAGAGAAUUUCCGAAGUAGGAAGUACUGGAAAGAAUGACAAAGACAACUCGACCAAUCAUGACGGCAAUAUCGAAUCAGAGAUUGAGGACGAGUCAAAGUCUGUCAAGCGCAAGCGCAAACAGUCUCCAGCGAAUGGAGCCCCGAACGAAGGAUACUUUUCCAAUCCUUAUAUCAAGGUCUUAAGGCUGCAGUGGUUCAUGGAUUGUCGAAAACAAGGCACAACCCUUCCUAUAGAGCCUUACCUACUCUACCAAGGACGUCGUGUUGAGAAACCCAAUGACACAACUACGCCCAUCAAAGGCUCCAGCUUCUCAGCUCAAUUCAAAACGCCCCAAUCAAUCUUGGAACGAGCAAGAGCAGACGGAGAAAUGAACACUUCCUCACCUGUUCAGCAACGCAGCCAUCGCAAACUUGGUCAGAUCGGCGGAGGUAGAGUCUCUGCACCUUUCCAACCUACGCCACACACGAAACGGGCCCACUUGUUACACCAAACGACUUCCGAGCAUGACUUGGGUCAGUCAGGAGAUCUGCCGGAGAUGCCUCCAUGGGUGCAGAACGAGGUGAAGUACGCCUGUCAACGAUCGACGCCAGCUGGCUCACCGAACGCAUCUUUCAUCGCGCAACUCGAGAAGAUCAAGCUGGCUCGAUUGUUGACAGGCGAUGAGAUAGGUGUACGGGCUUACAGCACCAGUAUCGCUUCAUUGGCUGCUUAUCCUUACAAGCUCAGUAGUGCACGAGAGAUCUUAUAUUUGCCUGGCUGUGAUGCCAAGAUAGCAAACCUCUACGUGGAAUUUGCUAACUACGGCAAGAUUCAAGAAGCAGACAACGCUGAGAACGAUGAGGGACUCAAGAUUCAGAGGCUAUUCUACAACAUCUGGGGCGUAGGAGCUACAACAGCGAGAGACUUCUACAAAGAGAAAGGAUGGAGGGAUCUGGAUGAUGUGAUUGAGUAUGGCUGGAGUACAUUGACUCGUGUACAGCAGAUUGGCGUCAAGUUCUAUGACGAGUUUCUGCUUCCCAUACCUCGUUUGGAAGUUGAAGAGAUUGCCUCAACCAUCCACCGACACGCCGUCAAGGUCCGCGAUAAGGGUAUGCAAAGUCUAUUAGUCGGUGGCUACCGGCGAGGCAAAGAGAGCUCGGGAGAUGUGGAUAUCAUCCUAUCUCACCCAGACGAAGACCAGACUUUGAACAUCAUCACCGACAUUGUGGCGAGCUUGGAAGAGGAGAACUGGAUCACACAUACCCUACUGAUCAGCACGACGACUAGUAAUCGUUCGCAGCAGACACUCCCUCUCAACUCUUCCUCCGCUCACGGUCAUGGCUUUGAUUCCUUGGACAAGGCCCUUGUAGUUUGGCAGAACCCUAAUUUCGACCUCGAUCCUUCUGAUACCAAGCAGAAGAAUCCAAACCCGCAUCGCAGAGUCGACAUAAUCAUUUCACCUUGGAAGACAGUUGGUUGUGCAGUCAUGGGUUGGUCAGGUGGCACCACGUUCCAACGUGAUCUUCGCCGCUAUGUUCGACAGACGUACAACUACAAGUUUGACUCUUCUGGAGUCAGGGACAGAAAAACUGGAGAUGUCGUAGAUGUGGAUGGCAAGGCAGAUACGAUGGAACAAGCAGAGAAGAAUGUGUUUGACGCUCUGGGCUUGGAGUUCAGAGAGCCUUGGGAAAGAUGCACAGGAUGA